AUGACGGAGAGUAACAAAGGGGUGGAAGCUUCGCCUCCCACCGAAAUUCGUGCACUGUUGAGGUGGGAAGCGUUUGGAAGGGUAUCUUUUCUCAUUGAGAAUGAGAAGAAUGAGAAGCAUGAGACUCCGGUUCUUCAGCAUUUGAAUCCCAACAAGGCCAAAGAUAAGGAGGAGGAGGUUGUGGUGUUGAGGAGGAGCAGCAGCAGCUGUGUUGAGAUCAAGAGGCAUGGUGGGUUUUGGAGAAUUGGGAAGUUGUUUAGGAAGAAAAAGGAGAAGGAUUGUGGGAGAAGUGUUGUUGGGUUUGAUGAUAGGAAUGAGAUGUGGAUGGUGGAUCAAGGGGGUGUGUCUAGGUCCAGGUCACUAUGCAGCUUCAGAGGGGGAGGGCUAUUUGGAUCUGAGGAUGGUGGGGAUUCAGUGCUGUCAGGUGCCAGAAGCUCAAUUUCUGCAGCAAGGAGUUCUGGGGUUAAUGGGGGUUUGAUGUUGGAAUCUGGGAGAAGAAGUGGAUACAGUGAAGCUGAGCCAAGAAGAAGUGGUUUUGAUGGGGAGAGGAGGGAUUUCUUGUUUGAUUAUGAAAGUGGCAAUGAUCUCAGUCUCAAGGGUGGUGGGAAGAAGAUGGAUGGCGAUGCAGGGUUCUAUGGGGCAAUAGGCGUGUGUUUCACUGAGGGAGAUUUAUUUCAAAGGCAUGGAUGAGUCUAAAGCUUUAUUGACUUGAAGCUUGAUUUCUCAGCAGAAUCCAAGCAUGAGUUUUCUGCCUGCAAAGUGAGCCAACCCUUGGCGAUGCCUUCUCUUCUUUUAGAGGUGGCAAUUUCAGGGCACAAUGAGGGGGAGGUUCUGAAUGGGGGCAAUGGUUAGGGGAUGGAGUUUUAACCAAUGGAGGGUCAUGUAGAAUCACUGUGAAUGACAGAGGAAUCAAAAGGGGAAGGAAAAGCAUGAAGGGUUGGAGGUGGAUUUUCAGAUACCAUUCAAAUUGGGGAAGCUCAAGGAAAAGAGAUGAACAUUUUAUGUUCAAAGCCUGAUAUAGUAAGUAGCAUCAUCAAA